AUGAACGGGGACGAUCCGCCCGAGCGGCCCGAGUAUGUUACCAACAUCAUCAACGGCCUCGAACGCUACAACCCCGAGGCCGUCGUCUCCCUGGAGACGUACCUCACGGAACAGUGCGAGCAGAAGUUCUGCGACUGCAAUGCCAACCGGACGCUGUUGAAGCUGUAUCAGCUCAAUCCCGACCGCAUCAAGGAUGAGGUGGUAACCAACAUUCUCGUCAAGGCCAUGACGCAGUUCCCCUCGGCGCAAUUCUCUCUCGCCCUCCACCUCAUCAACCCUGCUGCCGCCGCAUCCGGCGAACUCCACGAGGCUGUGACCAAGCUGCGCACUCUCAAUUCGCAACUCGAGGGGUCCCAGUACACGCAGUUUUGGGCCAACGUCGACGGCGACGAUCUCUGCGCCGACCUCAUCGCCGACAUCUCCGGAUUCGAGGACCUUGUCCGACACCGUAUCGCCCACCUCAUAUCCCAGGCCUUCCGCGAAGUCAAGCUCACGCACCUCGAGUCAUGGCUCGGUCUGAGUGAAGAUGCCACCAAGAAGUUUAUUACCGACGUCUGCGGCUGGAGCGUCGACGGCGAGGGCAACAUCAAGAUCCCUUCCAACCCGGAGAACGAGGCCAAGAAGGCGGAAAUCCGCGAGGAUGUCAACGUGGAUCAGUUUGCGCGGGUGAUCCGCAGGUCUUGGGAAGAGACGGUAUGA